CCUGUAGCUAGGUAUCGGGAUUAUUUCAUCUCACAUAUACGAGAAGAAAUAAGAAUGGGACGAAAGAUCGGUUCCUGUACGUACCUACAUACAUCACCGAAUCACAUACCUAGGUGGGUAUAGGCUCCGCGAAUGUACUCUGUACUAAUGUAUGGGUGAUGCUAUAUCCGGUGGCAUGGGGCGGUCAGGGCAUUUUGUGGCGGCGCACUAGCUACUUGCUACCCACUUUUACUCAUCGAUGUUAAUAUGGGCUAGUUUGUUUUAUCAUGGCAUGGUUGAUUCUGGAUCCUAUGGGCUGUUUAAUCCGCACAACAAUAAAAGAGGGGUUUUGCCUGCUUUUUCCAUGGAAGCGCUGGCCCAGAGAUGGGCUAGUCUCGGGGACUCCGAAUGGAUAGGAGGAAGACAAGGUCUGGAAUUCAAUACUCGCUGGAUCGCUGGAUUCGUAUUGGAGGAGACAAGGCCAAAAGUCAAGCUGAAGGGGGAGGAGGUAAUGUACAUGCCUAUACCUACCGAGAAGGGCGGGAACAGGAACAAGAACGGCGGGCAGCUAAGUCGACCCUCAUAUGUACUACUGUACCUGGACACUCCCAUUCUAGAGCGAAAAUCAGGGAUCGGACCUAGGGUUGUCGCUCAUCCAAGCCGCUGGGAAUACUCUAAAUCCCUAUACUUGGGUGCUAUUCGCUCGUCCAAGUUCCAAGGUAUUCUCUAUCUGUACUUGGUACUCGGCUACUGCAUUGUUCCAACGCUUCCCUAACACAAAAUUAUGUCAAGGCUUGUCGAGGCAAUUAUAUUAAGUCCCUGUAUAUGUACAGUACCUGACAGAUUGAUAGAUAUGAUAACAGAGCAUCCAACUCACGAAGAAAAGUGACAGCGAGGUAAAUGCAGGACUAAAGGGCCCGGACACGCUACAUAUAGGGGUUAAUGUCCGAUCUCAUGCAUAGUGCCUUAGCCGGGUCAUUGUUAUUCUUAGAUUGUUGGCGCGAAGGCACUACCUGGUUGGUUUCCGCCAGUUGGAUGUGUCCUCUUUGCCGGAUUUCGGGGGUGGCUGUGAAGUCCGUCGUGGGUGCGUCUGGCUUUGUGGAUGUGUGUGGAGAAUGUGAAGGCAUAAUACUCCGUAACUAUGGGAAGAUUAGGCGCUCGUACGGCUUGAUCUCUCUCUCUCUCUCUCUCUCUUCUUUUUAUUUUUCCAAGUAUUUUGGGUUUCUUUUCUUUUUCCUGAUAUGUGCAUGUACUGUACUAUGUAUACUAGCUCUCCGUCCUAACACCCGCGCCGCGCCGGGUUUUGACAAAAGGAAUAUUUUGACAGGGAUAUUUCACAACUCAUUUGCCGUCGGGUUGGGGCUAUAGCCAGUCUGAGCAGAGAACGAGGGCCAUCAUAUGGACCUUUGUUGUGGGUUGAUGAAAGGGAUUGGAGACUUGAGGGAACAGCCGGAAUCAGCUUCAAUUCUUCCCUCUUACCACUUUUUUGUCUUUAGAGAUUUUAAUUUGCUUGUAGUCGUUCUUUGGAUUCGUCCAUUUUCUACAUCCCGCUAUUUCCCCUCAAGCCCUGUUAUUGUGUAGCGUUGGUCUUUGU